AUGACACUGGAGAAGAACUGUUCUCAGCAACAUGUGACAUUUGAGAAGCUUGGUAAUUUGGUGGAGUCGGUGUCCUCGUCAACACGAGUAUGGCAAAAAAUAUCGACUCUUCUAACAAAUUAUGACUCGAAUCGGACGUUCGCAGAUAAGAAUAUGUGGUCAGCUUUAACUAUCUUCGUCGCUUACGCUUCAAAAUUAAACUACGAAGAAAUGGAAACAUUCUAUAUGAAUCCAGAGAAGUUCUACAGAGAUGAUUAUACCUUCUACAAAGCCAGUCUUGGCAAUUUCAACGCCAAAAUUGGCCUCAGAAAAACGCUUGAAAAACUUCACAUCGCAAACGACGGCCUUCAAUGGAAUGAGCAGGUAGAGAGGCUUUCCGAGUUUAUCAUGGCAAGUAGAGGCAUUCGUGGGAACUCGCAAUUCUAG